CGGAACGACCAUACGGCGACCCAUGGCGAAGGUUCUUCUCGAUCGCGAAAUGCGCCUGCGUACCCGUUCCGGCGGCGCCUGCGCGCUGAAGUCGGAGGGUGUUGAUGCGUUCGCCUUUCGCCCCUUAGAGUUAUGAGCGGCAGCGGGUCCUCACCUGAGCGAGCUCCUGGUCGGAGUUAUGACUGACGGGUUCAGAAAGGCGGAGUCGGGUGCCCAGCUACUUGCACGACUUGAGGGCAGAAGUUCUCUGAAAAUUCUCGAACCUUGUCUCUUUGCUGAUGAAGGAUAUCCCAUUCAUGGAGAUAUUGUUGAAUUCCAUGGUCCAGAAGGAACAGGAAAAACAGAAAUGCUCUAUCAUCUUAUUGCCCGCUGCAUUCUUCCAAAAUCAGGUGGUGGCUUGGAGGUUGGCGUGCUUUUUAUUGAUACAGACUUCCAUUUUGACAUGUUGCGAUUAGUGACUGUUCUGGAACACAGAUCGUCCCAAGGCACAGAAGAGACAAUAAAGCAGUGUCUGGGGAGGUUCUUCCUUGUCAACUGCAACAGCAGCCCUCAGCUGCUUCUUACCCUUCACUCUCUGGAAAACAUGUUUUGCUCUCAUCCUUCCCUCUGCCUCUUGAUUAUUGACAGUAUAUCAGCCUUUUAUUGGAUUGACAGAGUCAAUGGAGGGGAGAACCUUAGCCAGCAAGAAGCAAACCUCAAGAGAUGUGCUAAGUUCCUUGAGAAGCUUGUAAAAGAGCAUCACUUAGUUUUGUUUGCAACAACUCAAACCAUCAUGCAGAAAUCAUUGAACACUGCUGAAAGCUCAGGAAAACACCACAGUGAUGCAGAUAUGGACUACCGGCCUUACCUCUGUAAGUUGUGGCAACAGCUGAUAACCCAUCGAAUCUUUUUCUCCAAACAGUGCCACCCAGGCAGCACCAAAGGAUUUUCAAUAACUGCUUGUCAUAUACAAAAUAACAGAAUUGUGAAACGCUCAUUUAGCAUUACAGAAUGUGGAAUCCAGUUUUAACAUUGGAUGGUUUUUUUAAAGUAGAUUACAUUUUGACAUUAGUCAUGUUGGCUUUUAAACUUCAUGUGCCUUUUUUUAAAAAAAAUGCAAAAAGUUUUAAUUUUUUUGUGCCACUGUUUCCUAAAAUGUAGUAAUAAAGAUGCAAGAUUGACA